CUGUGGUAGGUGAGCGGACAGAAGUUGUGUGUCGGUGAACAGAGACGGCUCUCAUUCUGGGGCGAGCGCUUGAGUGAGCGCGGACGGAUGCUCCGGAAUCAGCCCCAGUGGCGGCGGCGGCGGCAGUAGUGGUGGCCUGAGAAGAGGAAGGGGGAGGGCCCCGAGGGCUACACACGAUCACACUUGCAAGUUCCCUCAGAGGGCGAGGAGGUGGGGCUGCUGAGAGAGGAGACCCGGAGCAGUUCCAUCCGUCCCGUCCCGUCUCCCCCCUCUUCCUCUGGCUCCCCGCACUCUGGCUCGGCGAGAGUUCGGGGGUUCGGGUGGCGGCCGGCGGCAGUGAGAGCAAAAGAGCCAGGAGUGUGGGGACACGGAGCCAAGGGUGCGGGGGAAGAUGCCCAUCUUGCUGUUCCUCAUUGACACGUCCGCCUCUAUGAACCAGCGCACUGACCUGGGCACGUCCUAUUUGGACAUUGCCAAAGGCGCUGUGGAGUUAUUCUUGAAGCUGCGCGCCCGGGAUCCAGCCAGCCGUGGAGACAGGUACAUGCUGGUCACCUACGACGAACCCCCAUACUGCAUCAAGGCUGGUUGGAAGGAAAAUCACGCAACGUUCAUGAGUGAACUAAAAAAUCUUCAGGCUUCUGGACUGACUACUCUUGGUCAGGCUCUAAGAUCCUCAUUUGAUUUGUUAAAUCUCAAUAGACUAAUAUCUGGAAUAGACAAUUAUGGACAGGGGAGAAAUCCUUUUUUUUUAGAACCAUCUAUUUUAAUUACCAUCACAGAUGGAAACAAGUUAACAAGUACUGCUGGUAUUCAAGAAGAGCUUCAUCUGCCUUUGAAUUCUCCUCUGCCUGGAAGUGAACUAACCAAAGAACCUUUCCGUUGGGAUCAAAGGUUAUUUGCCCUGGUGUUGCGUUUGCCUGGAUUGGCUUCUACUGAACCAGAGCAACUAGGGAGCGUACCGAGUGAUGAAUCGGCCAUCACACAGAUGUGUGAAGUCACAGGAGGUCGCUCCUACUGUGUUAAAACACAAAGGAUGUUGAAUCAAUGUUUAGAAUCUCUAGUUCAAAAAGUUCAGAGUGGUGUAGUUAUUCACUUUGAAAAAACAGGACCAGAUCCACUUUCUAUUGGAGACGAUGGAUUUAUGGAUUCAGUGAGGCUAAGCAAUUCAUAUGCUGUUCAGCCAUGGCAUAGCUGUCAUAAGCUCAUUUAUGUACGGCCUAACUCCAAAACGGGUGUUCCUGUUGGACACUGGCCAAUUCCAGAAUCUUUCUGGCCAGAUCAGAAUUUACCUUCACUACCUCCACGAACAUCUCAUCCUGUUGUGAGAUUCUCCUGUGUAGACUGUGAACCUAUGGUCAUAGACAAACUUCCCUUUGAUAAAUAUGAACUUGAACCUUCACCUUUAACUCAGUACAUCCUGGAACGAAAGUCUCCCCAUACUUGCUGGCAGGUAUUUGUUACUAGCAGUGGAAAAUAUAAUGAGCUCGGAUACCCAUUUGGUUAUUUAAAAGCCAGUAUGACUUUAACUUGUGUAAACCUCUUUGUGAUGCCAUACAAUUAUCCAGUUUUACUCCCUAUUUUAGGUGGCUUCCAGGAGCAGUGGAUUCAUGGUGCAGACACGGAGCCCCAGCGAUAACCCUGGAGGCCAAAAAAAAAAAAAUUGAUAGAUGCUGUUGUUGUUGAUGUCUUCAUUGUCGGAAAGGACAGAAAGAAAUGGAGAGAGAUGGAGAAGACAGAGAAGGGGAGAGAAAGACACCGGCAGACCUGCUUCUCCGCUUGUGAAGCGACUCCCCUGCAGGUGAGGAGCUGGGCCGAACCUCGAUCCUUACACCAGCCCUUGGACUUUGCGCCACCUGCGCUUAACCCGCUGCGCUCCCACCC